AUGUUGAACGCUCAAUCGCAUGAGUUGGGUCAUAAGCUAGGCGAGGAAGCAGGGGACUCCCUUGUCCUGGGCCAGGGGAAGUAUUCUAUUCAGUCUUGGACUCGUGUAAAGCAAAUUGCUCAACCCUGCACACCCGUCGCUAUGCUGCAUGGCAUCCUAGGCCUUCAUAUGGCUCAUUUCGCCACCCUGUCAUCCGUAUAUCAGGAUCUGUCACUAUCAGGAUAUCAGGACUCCAACAACCCGAACGCCAUGUUUUAUCUUGGUGGCAAAAUGGAACAGCAACUCAGGUUGCCACAUUGGCUGAGAAUGCUGUUGAUGGUGUAUCCCUUCUUGCGAUGGUUGUUAUUUCAAAUUCUCCUCCUCCUUUAUUUGCUUCGGCUCGACGUGGCCCCAGUUCCAGGAGAACUGUUCAAGAACUGUGGCCCCAGUUCAAGAACGGCAUACUCUUUAAACCUGGAUGAAGUCAACUACGUGUCAGAAUAUAAUCAUAGUGUGCUUCCAAUAUCCCUGCCCAACCCAAUUUCAAGUCGGGAAGGGAGACAUCGGGAUCUAGUUCAGGGGUAUGCAACCUGUGGGCCGCAUGUGGCCCGGUAA